AUGGAAAGCCCGCCAAGAAAAACCACGGUUAAUCUCGAAGACAGUGGCUGUGUUGUAGAUGGAUUACGCAGUGCUCUUAGCGACGAAGGUGAAGAUGAAAACUCCAUGAUGGUAUGUCAUCAUAUUAUCCUCCUUACGAUAUAUUUUAUUGGUUAUUUUAGACCUUUCAUUUGUUUAUAAUUGCGACCACGAGGAGUAGAAAGAAUGAAUAGACUCGAGCGUCCCACGUGCGUUAAAACUUUCGCUGUAAAUUCAUAGCCUUACCUAUCUAUCAAAACUAGACAAAGCCUUCGAGUUAAAAAAUCUUCGUUCUAACCUUGAAAGAUCGCUGAAAAUUUAUGUUAAGCAUUUUUGUCGUAUGGUAAUUCUUGCCGUAUUGUUCCCGCUUUCGUCACGGUUGUACGAGUUCAUUGAUAUUUCUGCAUGACGUCACACGCUACUCCCACGACCACUGACUUCUACUCACAACUCUUCGUAUCACCACGUGCUCUUAAACAUUUACCGUCGAGUUAAUGUUUGAAAAGUUGUGCUAAAUUUCACAGAAACACCCAUUCUGCUAAGAUGACUUCGGUAAGUGUAUCUUGACUUAUAUUUUCGUUUGUCUUACUUUCAAAUGAUAAUUGCAGAAUACGAAGUCGAAGGGCAUUGAGAGAUAAGCUUAUAUUGGUUGAAGACCAGUAUAAAGCUACACUCUAGUAAUGUGAUUCCGUUUCUUGGUGCAUUUGGUAAAAGCUUUGCAUCAUUUCAUUUUAUCCACAAUUUACAAAUACGAGGAAUAGUCUUUUAUUAUAACUUAACUAUCUUCUUCGAAUAAAGAGUUCCGCUAGACUGCACGAUCAAGCCGCCAACAUUUUUGAUUUUUGAUCCGUUGGGUUAUAUGCUUCUGAUCAAGCACACUGGGGUUUCAUGUCAGACAGACGUGUUUUUUUUACUUUGCUUUGUAAAGCGUGUUUCAUCUUCUUCAACCAGCAAUCUCGCUCUUUUCCUUGAGAAAGAGAACCAUUAUUUGCAUUUCAUUAUAUUUUUGGAGGCGAUUUUGCUAAGUUUAUUACGCAACAUUUCGUUGUGAAUUUACCGAGCUUGAAGUGAACAAUAAGCUCAAUUCUUGUUACGAAAGUUUCUAUUGGUGAAGUGUAACGAGAAACAGAUGAAUCUGAUACUUUAGAUACAAACGCGGUCAUGGUAAAUGCGAGGAAUUUGUGGAUUAUUUGUCGUUCUCUGCUACGGUUGGUUUGUUCUGCACCACUGUUUUAGCGUCGCUGAAUUCGCUAACAUUGUGGAACGAAUAUAAUUAGGUGAAAGUCUGCUUACUUCGGUGAUCCAAAUGCACCUUCAACAAUGCAGUUUGUCCUGUUUUACAUUUUUUUCAAGAAAAUUGCAGCGAUAGCCAUUUUUCUUUUAUAUGUGUUUUCAAUACCUUAUCCGCUGAUUUUCAUGAUUUGUUCGUUCGAAGUACAAAUUAUAAUACUUUAUUGUACUCUUGUAAGGUGUAAGCGAAGUGCUAAUGAGUAGCCGCGAGUAAUUAAGUACGGUAGUGAAACCUGUAUUAUAAACCCUCUGUAAUUCGAGCAAUACCCCAAGUCCCAAAUUUGCUCCCUCAAUUACUUUGAGUGAAACGUUUACAAAGCAGACACCAUCAGGUGAACAUAGACACCUAAAAAGUGGAUGAAGUGGUCAUUUCUGUGGAUACAAGCCUGUUUGAACAGACACUGAUGAUGGCAUUGAUCAGCAAAAGCUCAGAUUUUAACUUAAUUUUUAAUUUAACAGCAAAUAAAGGCCUCACUCGAACAACAAUAUUUUACUUUCAAACUUGACGCUGAAGUCAUGGAAAGAUCAUUCACAGCUGUAAUAUUAGACUCCGCGACUACAACAUUCCAGACACCGGAAAUGUAUGAAAGUUGUUUAUUUUUAGAAUUAAAAAUGCGACUUCACGAAAAGAUAUAUCCAGGGGGGCUGGCAGCGAGGUCUGGAACCGAGUUUCCAUGAUCGCCCCAGUUAAGAAAUUCGGCUGAGUGAGACUGAGUACAAAUUUUCCUUGAAAACAAAUUUGGUGGAGAAUGCAGACAUGGAAGGAUGAUGAGUUUUUGCUCGGUUUUAAGUUUUCCCGCAUACAAAUAUCAAGAAAAGGUUUCUAUGAACUUUUUUAAUGGACCUUUAGGACAUCAGGAGGCGUGAUGUAUGAACAGUUCAUGGGUGACUUCACUUAUCGUGAUUUGGGAUCUCGGCAAGUUCAGUUAUUUUUAAGCUUUGUGAAUUUUCGAACGACCAUCUUGCUCCAUCUCUUAUAUUUUUCUACUUACAGUGGUAUUAAGACUCUCUUCCUUAUCUUAAACAUAUGCUACGAGCACAAUAUAUUGGUAUGAGUCUUGCAACAGUCAUAUAUGAUGGUUCAUUAAACCACUGAUUUUCUAUUUCGCUGUUCGUAAGUUUGUUGGGAGGCACAAAAAUUAAUAUUUAUGGGCGUAAAUACAGAGUACAGAGCCAAUUUAGUAACUUUGCUUCACAUGAUAUACUGGGUCUGUCAGUAUAAGUUAUUUUUAAUAUCAGAAGGCUGGGAGGGGUUUACUAAACCUUCAAAACCUUCACUGGAAUGUCAUUGGAGUGAUAAUCAAUAAAUUUCCAACAGCAAUACCAUAUUUAGUAGUUUUGUAUUAGUGACUUCGGUUUCAAGUAUUUACUUGAAAUUGUUGGUACAAAAAUUACCCUUUAGGUAUGAAUUAUACUUGAAAUGAUUAUAGUGGUUUCGUGUAAGAACAAGAGGCUAAUUCAGUUGCUAAUAAGAGUGAGUACAUCAGGAAAGAGUAUAUGUUGCGAAAAUCCCUCAAAGAACUGAAGUACAAGAAGCAGAAAAAAGAAAACUGAAUGUUUUGCAAAGUUUAUAAAGAGAAUCAGAAGAGGCUUGAAAAAUAUAUAACUUAAGUUUAUUGUUUGUGUAAGUUAUGAAUGUGAUUUACAACUAAAUUAUACAAGGUAAAAUCUGGUAAAAUUGAUUUUUUAUCAACCAUCAAAAGAUGUUAUUGUCUGGCUUGAGCCCUAUCCUCUCAGCAGUUCUUUCUACGAUACUACCCUUGGCUUAUUUGACCUAAAUGUGUAUGUGCUGCUGAUUUAGGGUGGUGACCAUUUCACCCUUUAGAGUUUUGAACCAGGUGUCUGUUUGGGAUGUGAAGGUUGAAGAAGAAGCAGUCUAUAGAGUACAGUCUACUGGUACCAUCAUUCCCCCCCUCCAAGUUUUGCCAUGUUUCUAUGUUUAAAAGCUACCUUAAUUCUGUAUGCUAAAGGAAAUGAACCAGGAUUAUAAAAUAAGGUCUCUUGGUUUAAAAAGGGUAGGGAAAUGUACAAUGUGUCCUAAUUAAGCCAUACUCUCUUUCAGUGUAAGCCCAAGGAGGUGAUCUCACAUUUUGAUUCCCUUUUACCACUUGUUGCUGCAGGGUUCUCAAUAGGGUUUGUAGUAGGCGUCUGCCCAACCUUAACUAGGUGGCUGUGACUAAUAGGGGGGCGUUAAACCUAGGAAGGAGUCUGAGGCAUGUUCCCGAAGUAACCAUGUUUUACCGUGAAGGGCUGGGCCAAAGUCAAUGUUGCAUACUCGGAUGUCUACGUGGCUGAAAACAUGGCGGUAGUUAAGUAAGGAAGCACUAGCGAGUUUACUUAUUUGGUCUCGAUUGUUUUGAUUAUUUUGCACAAUAUAUGACAAGGAAAACUCAAAAUCAGAUGAAAGGGAUAGGCAGAAGACUUGAGGACAAAUAAAAAAGAGAAAAGCAGCAAAAAGAAUGCAAAGUAACCGGCUACCAAUUCCAAAGUAAGUGGCGAUCAAUCGCCGGGUGCCGGCUUUUAUUGAGAACCCUGUUGUUGUAACAGCAAAGUCAGUGAAGGUUUAUGGUCUCUGAAAAAGAUUUUUGCCAGCCUCAACACAAGUUUCUUACUGAUAUUGUUGACUGCAAAUAAUAUUAUCUUAAUAAUCAUUUUCCAUUUUUUUCCCAAGGUAUUCUAUGGUGUUUUCAAUAUCCACUAGUACAAGGCAAUUUUUAAGUUGAGAGGGUUUACUUUGAUUUCAUUAACAGUAAACUACAUUAUUACACAGACACAAACUGACCUGGCAGGUUGAUGUCCAAGGGUGUAAAACAUUACAUGCCACUAUAUGGCAAAAACUGAUCACAGUGGCCAAAGGAAAGGCAAAAAUAGAAAUGUCAUCAUUUUUUUAAUUUUAUAAAUUCCCUUUGAAGCAUAUUUAGCCAGAUGUAGUCCUUGUCAAAACAUGCAAACUUGAACAUUUAUUUUCUGACCUUAGCUAAUCUUUUUUAAACCGUACUCUUGUUCCCCCUGAGUGGGUAGUGUAGUUUUUGGAAUAAAAUAUUUAUAAUUUCUCCCUCUUUGUUUGCCAAAAAACAAAACACAACUGAAUGAGGACUCAAACUGAAGGCAGUGUAGUAACCGCUGUCAUGAAAAGAGAAUUCCAAACACACAAAAUAAUUACCCUUUCAUUUGCCUAUAUUCAUUUCUUAGAAACUACGGUAAAGUUUAAAUUAAAUCAUAUGAAGAUAGGAACUUAAGCAUAUCAAGAGUGAAUGAUCUCUUGGCAAAAUUUAUUUAGCUUCUAGUACAUAACAGAAUACAUGAACUACAAGAUUUGAACAUAUGCCACUCAGUCAUCCAACGCAACUCUGCCAGGAUAAGUUCACAAUCAAGGAUGAAGAAUUCAGAAUCUCAAUCAUCAUUUCUUUUCGUCUUAAAGGUGUAAUAAAACCGUAAACAACUCUGACAACUCUUCUACUUGACCACGGCCACCGCGCUUUUUUUAAUGUCACGAAGGAUUAAUUUUCGGCCUUUCACUUGAAAAUAUAAACUCUUCUACAUACGCGUUGGAGGGUUGGCCCUUCUUCUAGUCUUGGGAGUCUUCUAAACAGAAACACAGCUUAAAGCCUGCAGUGAGCCAAAAGGUCGGGCAUUGAGGAACAUGUACAUGUACAAUGACUGUUCACUGGUCUCGUUCUUAGUGUAGUAAACCGCAUGUAAUGACAAACGCAAGACCAGAAAGGAAAACGUAAGCUCCACAUUACUGAGGAAAAAAAAUCGGUUACAGCGAAGAAAGCAAUGACCAACAGGACCAAAAGCAAAUUUACUUCACACUGUUGAAUCGCUGCGAAGACGAACUUCUUGAUGUUGUUGUUUGUUCAAGCGCAUUUUGCGCAUGCUCGCUACAGUUCUCGAAUGAUUGACAGAUUUCUUAACUGGGGCGAUCAUGGAAAGUCGAAAAGCGGCAAGAUCAAAGGCCGUUGCCAGCCCCCCUUGGAUAUAUCAAUUUCUGUCUAUUUUUCUGUCAAUAUGCAGUGAAAUUCUACAGUGUGAGAGCAUUCAAUUCAUCGCAUUUGCUUCUUGAAAUUUUUGCUGAAAAAUGUGGUGUGAAGCUGGUUGAGCCAUUUUCUGGUACCAGUCUGCCCAAAAUGUUGUUUACAAGUUGAUAAAUAGGCUGGUGUUUAUUCCUGAUAGUAAAUUUUAUCCACUAAAAAACAGGGAAUUGCUGCUAGACAACUACCAUAUAUAUAAUAAACAAUAAUGAUAACAAUAUAUAUAUAAAGUCAACUCUAGAUUUUGAAGAAAUUUGUAAACCUCAGGCUGACAGGUCCAAAACUUAAAGGACUGAAAAGUGUUGAGUUCUGAUAACUAUUUGGUUCUAACAGUAUUUCUUUGAUACACUCACUUCGGAAAACCCAUACAGUGGCAGUAGCCAAAAUUUUUCAGAUCAAAAGUAUAACUAAAUGUAACAAUAAACGCAACCAGAAAAUUCUCAUAGAAUCAAGAACCAGUUGUAGAAUCAACCAACACUCAAGUUUCUCAUGUUUGAUAUUUUGAAAUUCUGCAUGAUAGCAAGCCAUAAGGGGUACAAAUAAAGAUAAUGAUUGUACAUUGAUAGUGGGAUAUUGGGAUAUAGUUCCUGAGGGGCUAAGAGAUGAUUAUGCUAUUUGUGAGAGUGUUUUGUGGACAAGCAUAAUAUUUGAACCUUUUGAUUGUACUUGCACAUUGGUUGGUUUUGCUGGUAAUAAUAUAACUUUUGUAAUAAUUAAUGCUGAUGUGCUUUUUUCCCAUUUCCUUCUUGUAGCUUGAUCAUUUAGAGAUGUCAGGUGUAAAUGAGUCCAAGUCUAGCCUGAAGCCGAACGAUGGCCAUACCAAUCAUCAAAAGAAGUUUUACCACGCUAUUGUUGCAAAGUGGGAAGACUCACCCGAGAUGAAUAAGUUGAGUGACCUGUGGGAACGGCAUGGUAUGACUGUGAUCAUGAUCUGUGUCACUGUUUUACUGCUGAUCUACAGCGUUGUAGCAAUAGCUGUUAGUGGAUUUGAGCACGCUAAGUGGCUCUUUGGCAUAACAAUGUUUCUGUGGUUCUGCAUGACAUACAUGUUUAUAAGGGAUCAUUGUGGAGCUGACAUAUUCAGAGUGUGUAUAGAACCUAUUGUGAAUGCUGUGGAAAGCCGGUGGCGGUAUUUGAAAUGGUAUGUACAUGAAACACUUUUCUUUUACGUGACUGUUGUACUGUAGACCUGUACGAUAUUAUAUAUACAUGCAAAAUUGAAUUCAAAAUUUUGAUGUAAACAAACCAGAUGGUUUACAUGUUAUAACUUACAAUAUAUAGUGGCAGAUAUGUUAGUUCAAGUCAAUUUAGGAAAGAAUAAUCAAGUGAAAAACAAAAACUUAACAAUGGAUUAUUCUUAAAAUUUAUUAUGAGACCGUGAAAAGAGUGUUUCUAGAAAUUAUUAAUACAGCGGGACCCUGCAGUCUUACCAUUAUUUGUGACUAGUAUAUUAUUAGUAUAUUUUUCUGACCAAAAUUUUUCCGGGAAUGCAGGUAUCAUAAAGAAAACCAGUCAUUUUUAAUCUGACAGCCUCAUUAAUUGGCCAGAUUUUCAUGGUCCUGUACUUUAUCAAACACAAUCCCGGACAUAACUACUUGAGAACGUUUUUUCAUUGAUGUGGACUAACUUUCUCAACAAAACUGUUUCCAAAUCAAGGGCUUUGGAUUAAGUAAAUCCCCUCCCCUAAAAAAGCCCAGGGAUGAUGCUUUUUGAAGACACAACAGCACUGCUUUCAAGGGGAGGGACAAAGAAUUGCUACAGCUACGGUGUUUAGAAAUUAACUGCUCUUUAAAGGCGAUUUUUAGCGUAACACAGCGUUGCAAUGUUGGAACAAUGUUGUAACUAUUGGAAAUAAUGUUGCGACAGUAUUGCAACACUGUGUUGCGCUAAAAAUCGUUGUUGCGAAUUGUCUCAUGUAACAUCACAUGCAAUUUUCUCAGGAGUAAAGGCUUUAUAGUAAGUUGUUCAGGAGGUGUUGCUCAUUGUUCAUUUGCGUGACUUUGUGUUUCAUUCCAGGGUUUUUCUUGUGCUUGUUUUGGUGGCUCUUGGAAUUUUCUUUGGACUUGACACUGCAAAGCAGCCAGAGCGGUUUGUUUCUAUAGCGGGGCUAGUUGUUAAUAUCCUGUUUUGCUGGUUGUUUUCCAGACAUCCUAGAAAGGUGAGAUGUGAACCUUUCCUUCACAGUUCUUGCAGUUUUCUAUUUAGCUCUCCUCUUUUGCAGUUCCUGUGUAGUAUGUUACAUGUAUCUUAUCUAGAUGAUCUCAGUGUUCACUCUAGGCUGCAUUUUUGCCUCAGUGACGUGGAAUAUUCCUCUCUGACACAUAUUGGAAUGCAGUAAAAGACCCACAUAUAAAAACUUAGAAUUUUCGACAUCAGGCUGAACAGGGUCUCAGGGUUGUCAAUAAGAUUUACAGUUGCCAGGCAAAUAUAAAAAGUAGGCGGGGAAUCAAACAGCUAGGGAUUUCUCUUCUUUCUAUUUUUCUUCCAUUUUCCUUUGAAAGUAGCCGGGGGCCAUGUCCGUAGUAGCCGGGGAAAAUCCCCGGCCCCCACCUCUUAGUGACAGCCCUGGGGUCUUAUAUGUGAGGGUACUUUUUCACAAUUCAGGCUGAUAAGGUUCUUAAUAGGUUCUUAUUUUCCAGCUGUUGUCAUAGUGUACCCAUUGGCAGAAAUAUAUUUUAGAUUUUAAAUUGUCUAUAUUGAACUGAGACUGGAGCAUACAUUCAAGUUUUUGCUUAAUACAUUGCUUUGCCGAUGGAUUCACAAUUUGUUCCUUUGUUUUUGUUUCAUUCUGAAACAAUAAAGCUAGGUUAAUUUUUUACGCAAAGGAGGAUGGCAGUUUAAUCUGAAAGGCAUGAAGAUGGGCUUGGGAAGUCAUUUGUUUCAUACAAUGUAGUUAGACCCAGACCAUUUUUGAAAUGAGCAAAUGCUACUUGUAUGUGGGACAUAUAGCCCACUUUGAUUAAAUUUCUAGGUUGAACACUGUGAUCUUGCAAUAGCUGACUUGUUUUUAUCUUAACUACAGCACAAUGUUCAUUCUUAUUGUAGCAAGCAUUUUAACCCAACUCAUGCACUUAUAAUUAUUACUAAGGUAAACAAUUCAUGUGUCACGUCUUCUCAUAGUUAUAGAUUGCUGAUGGUUAAGAAGCCCACAAGGACUUUUUUGUUAUAUGUUUUUGUGGACCUGACGGUGCACAACAUUCAAUAGCAUUGUUAGUAGUAGUAAUAAUUAGUUAAGAAAUAACUUAAGAGAAAAAAGGCAAAAAUAGUAAAACUAAUAUAGCAAUUCCAAUCAUUUUGAUCUUAUUGGCCAGUAAAAACAUCACAUUAAUAAUUAUUUAUUUAUCCCCAAUUUCUGAACAGAAACAAAGGAUUGUGCACCAUUAAGGAGCUUCCAAAUAAACUGCAACAGCAUUGUUUUAUCUUUGAUGUUUGCAGCUUUUCAUAACCAGUCUCCUCUUCUAACUACGAUCUUCUCAAUUUCUCCCUAACUUGGUUCAUUCUGACAGGGUGUGUUGUAGGGUACAACAUAGUGUGAUUUCCACAGUUUGAAAACAAGUUAGAUGUCAAGUCAUCUCAGUAAAUGUUAAAUUAAUGACAUCACAGGUGGCACAAAGGCAUGCUCUCCCACCUGUGAAUGUGUUAAAAAGAGUAGUCAGUACAAGUCAGCUAGUACGUAAUAUAGUUUUAAUCAUGUGACUAUCUCUUUAGGUUAAGUGGCGCCCUGUUAUUUGGGGACUGGCUUUGCAGUUCAUUUUUGGUGUCCUCAUUCUGCGGACUUCCGUUGGCUUCAACGCAUUCAAAGGACUUGGAAACCAAGUCUCCGUAUUUCUUGAUUACACCAAUGUGGGUGCUGAAUUUGUGUUUGGAGCUGAUUACACAAAACACUUCUUUGCUUUCAAGGUACCGUUUUAUUUUAUUAUUGACCUGCAUGUUAAAAAAUUUAGUUUGAUGGACUGAAUUAAUUAAGUUAACUCAACACUUUAAAAGAAUUAAAAAGUUUUUAGAGCUAAGCCUUCCUCAUUUUGACUGAUGAAAGGGCUAGCCCUCCAUAAGUUAUCUUUUAGAUAUUUUUGUGGUGAUUAAUUGAACUUUGCCAUACAAUGUAGCAGGCAAUGUGUCCAUUCUAGCGGUACUUGCAGGGGUUUGGAUAAGAAUUGAAGUAGCCAGCAGGUUUGAUUAGAGUAACCGACUGUAUCAACAAGGGGCCAGUAGUCCACGUUUUCAUGCGGUGUCUGGGAGAAUGCUCCCUCAGACAAUGUUUAAAUUGCAAAGCCUUCAUACGCAAUUUCUAGUACUGAUCGAGAGGACUAAACUGAGCGCAAAAGAGCAAAUUAUUUGGAUUCCAGCUGUAAGUCAAAUUUUGAUGUACCGUCAACUCCCGACAACUCUAACCUUCAAGGGAAAUCAAAAAACGUUUGAGUUAGAGGGAGUUCAAGUUAUCAGGAGCUCAGAAAAAAUAGUCGGGAGUAAGGAAAAAAACAGUUUUUACUGCACAGUGAACAUUUUAAUCACAGUUAAUUGUAGAAAUGUUAAGUGAAAAUAUUAUUGAAAGAUACUUCUAGAUUGUAAAUGAGAACGUAAUGUAACAAAACAGUGCCUAAAUAGAGCAUGCGUUUUACUGUUUUGAGAAGUAAAACUGUUUCAUGUUAGAUUUGUGAUAAACAACAUCAACCUCCACUAGUAAACUAUAUGCCUACAACACGUCAAUGGGAAACGCAAAAUUCAAUGUUUUGUCUGCCAGUAGACUGUUUUUUCCCUGACUUUUUAAGGGGCUCAAAACGUGGUUUGAGUUAUCAAGGGUAAAAUUAUAUUGAAAUGAUCUGAGGGGAAACAAAAACUACUUCGAGUUACUGGGAGGUUCGAGUUAUUGACGGUUCGAGUUACUGAGGGUAAAAUUACAGUAAAUGUAUGAUGAAAAUCCAGGAGAAAAUGAUUUUGGUUUGAGAUAGCACAAGGUUCGAGAUAUCAGGAGUCAACUGUAAUAUUUAGCCGCACAAUAUUAACACCUACAUGUACAAGCAAUGAACAAAAUUAAUGAUAAUUACUAAGUUACGUUCAUUUUUGUGUGAACAAAUUCUAUUUUUGCCCUGUGACAUUAUUCAAACUAUACUGUAAUUGCUUCUUCUUUGGGGGAAAAAAGUAGCAGACUUCCCUGAGCAAUGUACCCGAUGCGUUUCGUCGGUCAUUGGUGCUUCAUGCUUGAAACCCCUGACUGGCAUGUCUUCUUUAUUUCUUUCUUACUUAAUUCUAAAAUUCACUUUUCAUGGCUUUUGUAACAAUACUAUCACUGAUAUGUGUCUAUUUACCACAUAGCAAGAUUAAUUAUUAAUUAUUUGUGUAUAAAUUACACCAUCAUUUAUUAUGAGGCUAUGAGGCUUCCAAAGUCUUACUUUUUAUCUGAAGGUUGUGUGGAUCACACAACGUCUAAUCAUGUAACUGUGACACUUGUUUUGGCAAAUUUUCCUUUAUAGAUCAGCUCAAAAAAAAGUCCACAUUAAUUGUUAAAUUGUGUUACCCAUUGGCGAAGUUAAGAACAUAAUUCACUUGUCUGAUGGCAAAAUCCACUAGCCCUGGGCUUUCGGACACAAUUUUCUUUGUCACUAUGUAGUGUACUACUUAAAUUUUUAGCAGACUGUAUAAUUUUCUUACGUGAAUGCUGUGUCAUGUUUUACUUUGCAGGUUCUUCCUGUUGUCAUUUUCUUCAGUUCUGUGAUCUCUGUUUGUUACUACAUUGGUAUAAUGCAAGUGGUAAUCAAGAAGAUUGCGUGGCUCAUGCAGAAGACCAUGAAGACAUCUGGUGUAGAGUCUUUGAAUGCUGCUGGUAACAUUUUUAUUGGGCAGGUGCUGAUAUUUUUAAUAUAUACAUUUAACAAUUAGUUCAUGCAUCAGUUGCGUUUGUCAAGAUAUUGAACAUGCAGGAAUUUUGGAGAGCACAAAAGAAGUGUAAGAGUUGCUCGAAGUGCAGCAGAAAGCAACUCUAGCCUCUUGAGUGCUCUCCAAACUUCCCAAGUGCUCAAUAUCUUGACAUACACACUGCUGAAACUUGAACUAAUUUGUUUUAUAACAAUAUCAAAGUAAUCAAUGCAGCAGUUAACUUAAAGUGAUAUUUUGCAGUGCACUAAAAGCAGUACUCAUCAAUGUCUAUGUGACUAAGCUUAUAUUUUUUACCUAUACUUUUGUUUUAUCUUGAAACUGAGAGAAAGCUUUCUCAAGUCGUUCAAGAUAAUGAAACAUUUAAAAAGAAAGUUCUUUUAAAAUGAAAAGUUCUUUUUGAGAGAAACAAGUUUGCAAAGAAUGAUUUGCACAUGCCAUAGCCCUAACAGCACUCGCAGAUGACAACAACACUUACAUUCUGUACCUCUUUUGCCUACUAUCGGUUAACAAAUUCAAAAGUUUUCUCUAAAAUUUAUGUUAUAAAACACACGGUAAAUGCUUCAUCGUCAGGGCUGUCAUUAAGUUUUGAAGCAGCUGUCGCAAAGAAGAUUCACCCGUAACAUCAAGUGAGCUCAUCCGUAACAGGUGUUACCGGUUAUGGCCCUUAAUGACAGCUCAUGUACUGUUAAGUUAUGGAUGCACUUGGGAGACAUCUUGGGAGGAUUGCUAUAAGCUCACAAGAACUUGAGGUACAGUUUAUUGACGUCAUCAGCGUGCUCAAUGGGAAUAUGUAGCACACUCGUGCUAUUGAAUUUGAUUAGGAGAAUAUUCUAGCUAUGUCAUAAUGAAAUAAGUAAGAGGCAAGUUUCGUUUUGUAAAUAUCUCUACCAAAAUGGAAGCGACUGAACAGGGUGUUCCAACCUUGCAUACCACUGGAAGCAAUCAUUCUCUCAGUUUGGCUUCUGUAACUGCUUAAUUAAUUUUUGUUUCUUUGGUACAUCUACAUGUACAUGUAGUUGUAGUUCUCACAAAAAUAUUGUUAACCCAUAACCAGUGAGUUAGAUAAAAAUUACCAACGGCUUAAAAAAAAGGGUUUGACUCUGUGCUGGCCAGUCAAGCAGUACUGUAACCACAUGUAAUAAAAUGAACAAGACUGCAAAUGGGCGUGUACUCAUUAUGAAUCCAAUGGAGAAUUUCUAACUAGAUCAGAAGUCACUUGGCAUUUGACUUAAUCAGGAGCCCAUAACCCUAUGGGCUCCUGACUUAAUGCAUUCCUUCAUUAUUUUGGAAAUUUACGUGUAUUUCUGUCCUGCUUCUGCUAAUGUUUACUGAUUUCUUCUCCACUCAGACUGAGGCACCUCUCAUGGUCAGGCCUUUCCUUGAGCACGUAACAAUGUCUGAGCUUCAUGCCAUAAUGACUGGAGGUUUUGCGACCAUUGCUGGGGGUGUACUAGCAGCAUACAUUGAAUUUGGAGUUUCAGCUUCCCAUUUGUUAAGUGCCUCUGUGAUGUCUGCCCCAGCUGCUCUUGCCAUCUCUAAGUUAAUGUAUCCUGAAACAGAAAUACCAGAGACUUUGAAUGAGGAUGAAAUUGAUCUUCCUAAGGGGUUAGUCUUUUGAACAUGUCAUUAUGUGUUCACAGGUUUGGUUUCCUUUCUUAGGCAGUGGUCACCUUUUUCCUUUUAGGUCAUUUCCAACAAUAUAUUUUACACUGAUAUGUUUCCUUUGUUUGGACUCUCCAUGUGGUCUGAAGAUUUGGAGUUGAACCCCUUGAUUUCUCCCUGUACGUUCCUUCUCUUAGUUCUGUCAAGAUGGCUCUUGUGCACACUUGUGUAGUGUAUUAUACAUCAGUGCUCCAAGCUCAACAUUUUUCAAUGUGGCCUUUCGGCGACCUAAAGUUAUGUCACCAGACAUAAAAAAUUGGUUGCCAGAAAAAAGGGACACUCUCUGCAACACUACGUGGAUGUUUGAAAGAAUCAAAAUGGCUGCCCAACCAUCGUUAUCGAAUUUGGAGGUGCACGCGAUAUAUCAAUGCUUUAUACCCAGAGAACCAGCGGGAAAUUAGGCAAAUUAUCAGGAAAACAGAGCAUACAUUAUAUUUAACACAAAUUUUAUCUUAAAAAGACCAUAAACACUAACUGCUAGAAAAAACGCAUCUCGCAAAAUGUCGGGAAUUUCUUGGGAAUAGCUUGGCAGAUGAUCGCUGAACACAGGUCACUAAAUUGGCGACUUUCAUGGCAAUUUUAGUCGCGAAUUUUUUUUUUACUCACCAUGGCAACCAAAACGGUCUCAGCUUGGAGCACUGUACAUGUAGUUACACUGCAUUCUAACUUCUAGAAUUUCUUUUAUGUUGCGUGAACUGUAGUGACAACAUAUUUAAAGGCUCCAGUUUUUUUAGAGGAGUCAGGGCUGUCACUAAGAUUUCACAUUCCAGGCUAUGCAGUAAUGCAUGUAGAACAUGGGAUAUUGAACCAAUUAGGAAUUUAUUUCAGUUGCCAGCAGUAAUGCUCAUAGUUGCAAGGAAGUUCUGACUCAUGGCCCUUAAUGACAGCUCUAUGGAGUCCAACUGAAUUUAAAGGGUAAGAGAAAUCCGAAACCCAAUUCAUGUUUGUGUUAUUUUAUUUUGUAGGAAUGAAAGAAAUGUCAUUGAAGCCGCUGCCAAGGGUGCCUCUACUGCCAUUGCUUUAGUUGCCAAUAUUGCUGCCAAUUUGAUUGCAUUCCUGGCAUUUCUUGCAUUUUUCAAUGGAGUGUUGUCAUGGUUGGGGUCCAUGGUUGGGAAACCAGAAGUUAGUUUUGAGGUUAGAACUUUAUUUCUGAUUGUUGCUGUAGAGCGUCUGUAAUUGUGGGAGUGUAAAAGUCUAUGGCUGUCAUUUCUGCCAUCAUUUGUGUUAGCCUUAGCAGAGAACUGUUAAUUAGAGCAAUUUAUUAUUUGAGGUUGUUUUUCUCACUAGUUCUUUCAUAUACUUAAGACAGGUGUAAGAGUAAAUUUCACUUCACCUCUUUCAUUCCUUACAGUACAUUUGCUCCUAUGUUCUUCGACCCGUUGCCUUCAUCAUGGGUGUGGAAUGGCGAGACUGUGAUGUUGUUGCUGAAUUGCUGGGUAUCAAAACCUUCCUGAAUGAAUUUGUUGCAUAUGCCAAACUUUCUGAUUACAUAAAGAACCGACAGCUUGGCAAUGGCUUGCGUACCAUUUCGGUGAGUCCUUGACCUUUUCCCCUUACAGGUUCAUUGAAUUUAUUAGAGACCUUUAGCAUAAGGUUUUUUUAUGGGAAACCACAAACUGCAGUUUGCAGUUAUACAUUUGCAGUUUCACAUUGCCAGGAUUUCAAAUUUUAGCAAGGCAUUCAUUUUUUUAGUGCCACCAUGUUGUUAGGGGUAAUUCAUUAAUUCAUUUUAUUUGAGUUAAAAAAUCCAACAAGCACAUCGCAGACGGAUAAAGAAAACUACUUUGUGCCUUUAAACAUGAGGCUGUACAAUUUUUAGUGGGAAAAAAACCUUGCCAUAAGUCGCUUACAGCUGGACGCCCUUCCUGCCCUUCAAGUGUGAACUGCAAACUGCAAACUCGACUGCUAAACCAUAGUCACGUGACAUUCUCGGGUUUGCGGUCUUCCAUGAAAAACCCGGUGCUAAAGGUCUCUAAUGUGUAGUCUGCAAUUUUGUAAAAAUAAUUGAUGGCGAUUUUUUCAGGUACUUUUGUAGCUUAUACACACUACUAGGCUUUGGUUGACAUCUUGGAAUGUAAUACAAGUAGCACAGUUUACUUUUAUCAUAACGUUCCUGUAGAAAACACUUUUGAAAUAACCAAGUUUAUGAACAUGGUUGUUGUAAAAUAAUUUGCAUCAUGGUCGUAGGGGGAAUUGUGAAUUCCUCUGAGAUUUGCCUUGGAUAAUGGGCAAUAUUGACAUUAAAGUGUUUUCAAAAAUUAUUUUGUCAGGGUAGCAAACUGCAGAUCAGGCUUCAGUGUGAUGCAUUCUUUGUAAAAAGCAUUAAAACCAUUCAAACAAAAGUGUUGUGCUAACAGUAAAUUGGGCUACUACAUGAUAAAUGUAAGUUCAAACUUGAUGUACACUAGGUGAUGUUAUGCAGCAGCAAAUUGUGGCAACCACCUCAUCUACAUGUACUUCUGUAAUGUCCGAAAUACAUUAUGACUUUUAUGUCCUGUUUUGUCUUUGACUGUUUGAAUGAUACCAUUGCAUAAUAGAGGCCACAUUUUGUCCCUGUGACAGCCUUUUGGGUGUGUCACAUGGGGGAAACUGUUGCCAUGACAAUUAAACUGUUGCAAUAGUUGCCUAGUGUGCAUUAAGCUGAAAUUGUACAAAGUAACUGGCAGGAGUAAACAGCCAAGGUAAGUGACAUAUAGCUGUAAUUAUUUUGCCCCUGCUGGAUUCCUGCUGGUGAUAUCUUAUUAGUGGUGAACAGGAGUGCAUGUGACUGCUGCUCUCAAAGUGGAUGAUACCAGAUUCCAAGCAAAAUUGCUAUUCACAGGAACUGGCGAGUUCAAGAAAGCCUGGUGUGCGGUUUUAAUUAACACCUAAAUAACGUUAAGCAAAAUCAAAAUACACAUUAAUGUAUGAAAAGCAAUUAAGACAGAAUCCAUAAGGAAAUUGAUUAAUUUUAAUUUUUAGUGGAAAAACCUUGUACCAGAAUGUUAUAAGCAGAAGGGUGCGAUUAGUGCUAAAUGGAGGAGCUUUUGAUGGAAUCGUAAAAUAGCACACUCAGUUUUAGAAUAGUAGAAUCGGAAAAAUCAGAAGAAACAUACAAUCGGAAACUUGUUUUUAAUCUUCAGUUGUUUUAAGACUUCAUUUCUAAGUAGCAUUCGAAGAAAUCUGUAGUGCAACUAAAUCAGUUGUACUAUUUUUCCGAUUUAGCAUUUAUUGCACUGCUCUCAUGUCACAUUCUUUUUUACACUUUUCAAGAGCUAUAAAUCUUAGUGCAGUAAGUUAUAUGUAUAUGAAAUAACUCCGAGAAAAGGUUCUCAUAGGAGCCUGAGAAAAUAAUUUCAAAUUUCACAGGAAUUGAGAAAACACAGGUAAAAUCGUCAUGUGUAAGAUUUUAUUUUGCGAAAUUUGGACUUUUUGAAGUUUGUUUUCUUGGGCUCCUGUGAGAUUCUUUCCUUUGGAGUUAUUUCAUAAUUAUAACCUAUUACAUUUAUAGCUCUCAAAAAAAAGUUUAAAAAAGAAUGCAAUAUGAUUGAAAUUAUUCAGGUUCAAGGUUUUUGUCUGCUGAAAAUUAAAGUGUAUUCAAUUUUCUAAUGGAUUCCGUCUUCUUGUGCUGUCCUGCAGUUGUCAACCAAUGAUCUGAAUGCAUCUUAAAAUGUUCAUACCAGCAUAAAAAAAUAAAUUUUUUGGACAGCUUAUUGUUUGGAUGUGUUCUCACCCCUCCCUCCAGUCAAUAGGUUAUGAUCAGUGGCUGUCUUCUGUUUUAAGUGAUGUUGGCAUUGAAUGGGGGAGAGUGGGUAACGAGAACACACUGAUUUGUUCCAGAAUUUUUAUUGUGCAAGGCAUAAAUAAUGAAAUAAUGUAGCUGUCUAAAGCUAACUGUACUUAAGCGUUUACGGUAGAUAUUAGACUUAAUAAUACAUCUUAACUUAAGAAGUUCUCUGGCCUCUUUUCAUUCUUUUAAAACUGCCCUUGUUAACAGUAAAAUAAGGGUGUAAUUGAUUGUCCCAGAGUAAAAGAAAAUUUGUAUUGUUGAAAACUGUACCAGUUGCCUGAAAGGAGUAGGAACAAGUGAAAGCUAGUUGGGUGUGCAUGACUGUGAAGGGCGUAUGACCUUUUCAUUCUUGUCUACCCAACUUUCUAUUUUCCUUUGCCUUUCUAGUAUUUAAUCCCUGGCCAAUGUGCAUUGUUACAACCAUGUAACAAUCUUCUUGUUUAUCUUGUCCUGGAAUAUGCCCAAUCAGUGUAACUCCAGGGUGUUUUUACUGUAACAGUUGCAUGUACUUUGUACUCAUUUACAGAUAUGUAUACACAUCAUGUCUAAAACACUGUUUAUUUCUCAAUGUGUAAGUUUCAAAUUCUUGAACAGGUUUUCUGUGCAUGCAAGCCAGUGUAAAUAAAGCAACAGUUUCCAUAGUCUGCUGUGGUAAAAAGCAAAGGAUGGCAUAGCAUGUUUAAAGCUUUGAAGUUGGCAAAUGCAUGCUUAAAGCAUUAUGCUUGAUCUCUGCAUGCAGUAACAAAUACUAAGAUUAAGUAUAAUGAACUUUCUUGCCAUGUUUUCUUGAAGAAGGCAAUCUCUCUUAAUUAUUAACCGAGUUGGAUUUAACUGAACCUUUUCUUUUCAACAAUUUAUGCUAACUGCUCUUAACGAUUUUAAUGUUUAUUUUCUUGCUAACAGCACAAAGUUACUCGAUUUUAGACACUCGAUUGUAAGUAUUAAGUAUUAAAUAUUAAUGCCAUUAACAGUUUAAAAACAGCAAUUUACCCUGCUUCCAAUAUUACUGAUUUGUUGUUUUAAUAGGAGUUAAAGUUUAAUAUUAGUUUUAAAAACUUUUUUGCAUUAAUUAUUGCAUUGUUUGAUAUUUAGGUAUUGCAAUUAAAUAUUAAAAAAAUGUAACAAUAAGGUAACAAUAUAAUUAUUAAAUAAUUACUAAUAAAUAAUGAUUUUCAAAAUCAACACUUUACCUCUUGCUAGCAUCCUUUAAUAUGUUUGAUAUUCAGGUAUUCAAAACGGAUAUAAAAAUGUAAAAAUAGGGUGUCAUUAUAAUUAAUAAUAAAAAUAUUAAUGAUUUUCAAUGUCACCACUUUACCUCUUGCUAAUAUCCUUUAGCAUGUUUGAUAUUCAGGUUUUGGAAAUAAAUAAUAAAUAGCAUUAAUGAUUUUCAAUAUCAAUACUUUACCUCCUGCUAAUAUCCUUAAAUAUGUUUGAUAUUCAGAUAUUGAAAAUAAAUAUAAAAAUAUAACAAAUAAUAAUGGUAACUCAAGGUAAUAAAAUAAGAAAAUGAUUUUCUGAAUAACAACAUUUUACCUCUUGCUGAUAUCCUUUAACUUGUUUGAUAUUUAGGUAUUGAAAAUAAAUGUAACAAAUGGUAACUAAAGGUCAAGAAACAAAAAAUAAUGAUUUUCCGAAUAACACCAUUUCACCUCUUGGUGAUAUCCUUUAACAUGUACUUAAGAAUUAAAGACGUUUUUAAACUGUACCAAAAUAAUCCUCUCUUUUACAUACAUGCAAGGCUCUAAGGGGCUAUAUUUGCAUAAGCAUAAGCAUUUAAUUAUCUAUUUGUCGUUUAUAAGAGGUUGCUUUGAAUUUUAACUUGAUGUAAAAUCUUUAUUUCACGGCUUUAAAUUCAUAAUUGCUUACAGAAAAUCAUGACAUAUACACAUACUGAAAUUUCUGAGAUCCAAUUAAGACAUCCUAAAACUUUGAUUAAUCAAACUUUACUCCUUGCUUUCUAAUGAAGUAAUUUUGUUCACAUGCUACACAAAUACAGGAUAUUAGAUAAAGAAGCAUCUUUAUUUUAAUCAUGGAAUUUACAUCUUGAAAUGAAUGUAAAUUUGGUUAACAUACCUAAUUCGUUUUAAUGAUUACAAAAUUUGAGGAAAAAAUUUUUCAAUAGUAUUUUUUAAACUAAAUUUCUCAUAAAUUUAUUGGUCAAUUAUUUUGUAAUUGAAACUAAGUAUGUGACGAAAAGAGGUGAUCAUAAAAGACAUAACCUUAUCAUAUUGUAAGCUUGUUAAUGUUGUAAAUGUUAGCUUCUGUACUAACCGAUUUAAUGUCCUAAAGCCAGACUAAAUACCUUAACAUUCAAAAAAAAUUUUUUUAAUGAAGUGUAAUGUCAUAUAUUAUAUUUUUUAUAUUAGGCACCGUGUUUUCAGCUUUGCCUUUUUUUUGUUAAAUAAGUUAGCAUAAUAAGGGUCUAUUCAUAAUUUAUUGUAUCUACCAAUAAAGUUUUCAUUAUCUAUAACUGUUUGAAAACUCUGUUCAAACUUGAAAAAGUGUUAAAUCUUAAGCAUUUUAUGAAUAAUUGUACUGUUUACAGCAUAGCAAUAUUUUUUAAAGAAGUUAACCAAAGUUAAGUUAAAACAAUAUGAUAAGUUUAAAGUGAAUGACUCCUUAAUUCUAGUUGGAGACAAGCAGCUUAAUGUGGCUUUUGACAUAUUUGCUCAAACCUGUUUUUCUAUUUAAAGUCAAAUAUAUUGUUAAAGUAUGACAAGAGUUGGAAGCUUAUCACCACUAUUAAAUCAGAGAUGCAGGUGUAUGCAUGUAUAUUAAUAAUGUCUUCCACAUAAUUAUAAUUUUAACUGUUUUCUUAUCAUACAUUGUAGUUUAGAGUUUUUAAAUGGUUCCACCUCCUCCCUACUGCUAUCAGGGUCAAGUUGAUGAAUAGAUAAAGAGAAACAAUAUUGCUAAACCAAAAUUUAAAGGAUUCUGAAUCUUAACAAUUCUGACAUUAUAUUGUGUUAAGAUAAGAAAAUAUCUAAAAUAAUGAACUGGAUUAAUAUGCUUAACUCAUGGUGCAAAUAAACUGCUGUUUUUGCUGCUGUUGUUUAUUGUGGUAAUUAUUCAAGUGCAUCUAAAUGCUAUAAACAGUGAUGUUCAGCAACUACUCCAGACUUUCUAAGUGACAAGGUAAAGCAUGUUUGAUGUAUCUGUACUGCAUUUUUAACAAAAGUUAAACUUAGGAAAUUAAAAACCACUGAACUUGAUAACUUUUUUUUUCUUUAAGUUCAGUUCUGAUAAACUGUGUGGGACUCUUAACUUCUUGAUACUUGGAUUCUGUGACUUUUAACUUGAAAAGUGUGAACUUUGCUAAUGAUAUUGCAUUGCACAAACUGAAGUGAAAAUAACUUCUGUUUAACUGUUCAAUGUUCCUUUAAUACACGUUUUGCACAAAGAGUAGUUUACUAGGAAUAAUCAUAGUAAACUACGAAAAAACUAAUUUUAAUAUGUAAUGGCGCACUGUCAUUAUCUCUAUUUUCACUUGCCAUUAAAGUGAAAAUAACUUCUCUUAAAGUGUUCAAUGUCCCUUUGAUGCACUUUUUGCACAAACAGUAGUUUACUAGGAAUAAUCAAAGUAAACUACGAAAAAACUAAUUUUAACUUGUAAUGGCACACCAUAUCAAGGGUUAGCUCUUUCCGCCUUGAGUAUCAUAAUGAGCCCUAUGUUUGGAAGUCUAAAAUUAAUGUGCAUGACUUGUCUUGUAGCAAGAGUAAAGUUCAUUUUAGUCUUGCUGCUGCAUGCUUUUUCUUGCUUGUUAUAAAUUUUUGCUGAGGUGGUCGAGCCCUUAAAUCCUUCCUUGGAAGUUCCUUUUUAUGGUGUGCCCUUUUAUUUUAACCCUUUCACUCCCAAGCAAGAGUAUGGUCACAAAUCCAGUACUAAGAUCCAAAUUUCAGUGCAAGUAAAUACUUGUAUCCUUAAACACUGCUGAUCAGAGAAACUUUCAUAUCAAUUGUCCCAUCACUAUGAUUUCUUCCACGGUCUUGAACUGCAGAGUUGCAGUAUAUUCCCCUUAAUAUUUUGCUUGGAAGUUAAAGAAUGUGAGUCAUACUCAUCCUAUUAAUUCCUGUUCAUUACUUAUAUUAAUUUUUUGUUUAUUACCUGCUCACUGACUUGCCAUUUCACGUCGAUUAUCUCGAUCACCGUUGUUCAACUACUUUCUCUUUUUGCCUUAUACUGACCAUUUUUUUCACUUAUAUUUUAAUCCUUACGAGAGAUGUCUGCCGAUAUUGCUCUUCUUUUACUCUGAGGUUUAUUUUGUCUCACUGAGUAGUUUUCUCUGCUCCUUAUCUAACCCUUCUAACAGAUUCGCUCAGAGAUUAUAGCGACAUAUGCGUUAUGUGGUUUUGCCAACUUCGCCUCUAUCGGAAUCCAAAUUGGUGGCAUGGGGCCACUUGCGCCAUCAAGAAAACCAGACAUGGCUCGUGUUGCUCUACGUGCACUGGUUGCAGGUACCGUAGCCUGCUUCAUGACAGCAUGUGUUGCAGGUGAGAUAUAUGUUUUUGCUGUUGUUUUAUUUAAACAGAUUCGUUCUGAAAUCAUUGCCACGUAUUCCCUGUGUGGGUUUGCAAAUAUGGGCUCUGUAGGGGUUGUGCUUGGUGGACUCGGUCCCAUGGCCCCAGACAGAUUGCCCGAUAUGUCCAAGAUAGCAAUCAGGACCCUUGUUGCCGGGACUGUGGCUUGUUUCAUGACUGCAUGUAUGGCAGGUGAGGUGUCUGUACAGCAUUGAGAAAGCAAUGUCUGACCCUGUACAACGGGGAAUUCCAAUCAAUAGUCAACAAAGAUAAGAGAAUUAUCCUAAAAUGCAGAUAUUGUACUAAGUUUCUUAUUGUUGGUCAUCAUUGGAAUGGUCUCAACAUAGGGUCUUGUCCACAAUGUCAAAUGUCACAUGUUAAGUUCAGCUGUAUUGAUUCUGGAAGUAGAGUAUUUUUAUGCCGAAGUCAGGAAGGCAAGUAGCUUUCACUCCCUGUGUCAAAGGCAAUUGUCAUAACCUUCCCUGCUUGUUGAUGCUCCUGUAGAGAACUGCAGACGUGACUUCAGAGACUGGUUAGGUCUUCACUAACCAUUCACCGCCAAAGUGGAAAGACUGUUGCCAAUUGCACCUUUAUUAGUGGGGCAUGUGCAGAAAAGUCAUUUUUGUGUUGCCGGGCAUAGCUCAGAGAUGAAGAUCUGAGAUGGAGCCAUAUUAACCCUUGUUUUCCUCAUGUUGUCAUCAUAUCAUUUACCUGGCCAUGUUUCUGCAAGAGUUUCCUCGUUUGCUAUGGCCUCAGUGUCUGCUAUAAUAGAAGAUUUCCUCCAUACUCAUGGUUGUGAUUUGGAAUAUAGUCUUAAAUUACUGUACUGUGUUCUGGUGUCAAACUUUCAUCCUUUUUGAGAUCUUGACACACGUGAUAUGCCAUGUUACAUUUCUUUUCUGUUUAAAAGCUUGUGUAGGAAAGUUAAAAACAGUCAUGAAUGUCUCUUGGAAAGACCAUUCCUAAGACUGUUGAAGGAGAAUGAGAAUGGCUGGACUAAGGGGGGUGCAGAAAAGUUCAAUAUGGCGAUGAUGAUGCAUGGAAAACGUUUAUCAUAGAAUACUGCUAAUGGUGUUACCUUGCAUUAUGCUUAGGAUUCCUGACCUACUCCUGAAAACAAUAUGGUGUACUGUAGGUAUUUGACUGUCUUUGUAUUACUGCGUAAAUCAGUAACUAAGCUUUCUGUUUUCCUCCUCAGGUGUUCUUUAUGAUGAGACAUUGUAUGAAAGUGCAGUUGGUCUUACAACCACUGCUGCCACCAUCAAUGGCACAGUAAUACCAACCACAGUCUCUUAA